CUCCCCCAUCUGGCGGAUCCUCUCAGCGGUCCAUCUACCGGCGGCUCCACGAAGGAAGACCCUGCGGAUGAGGACAAUGAUUACUCCGUAAAAUAUUCCAAGCCGGAUUAAAAUCGUCUCGGUAUGUAAAUCUAGACUUCCACUCGUCGUUUCUUUUCCCUCCCAUCAGUCGCUUUGUAUGAAUAAAGUCGCUCAUUCUAAUACUGCUGAGCCGGUACAUCCUCUAACGGCUGGAAAAGCAGGUUGUUUCAGGCAGUGCUGGUGUUACUGGGACUAAACCAGUAUCUGCAGCAUUUAAAGUUCAUUUUUACACUCAUUUAAGUUGAUAUAUAAUAAUUACUUGUUUGAAUCAAAUUUGCAGUUCAAAGCAGAGAUGCUGGGGAUCUUAGUUGGAUUAAACCUGUUUUCCUGUUAACAUGAUUCUCGUGUUGAAUAUAUGUAAGUCAGAGUUCUUUCCUGACUUAGAAUUUGACAUAGGGAACUGAUUUCAGCAGAAUUUGUUGAAGUUUGAUUUGCAGAAACGUCGUGUGUAAAAGCAGCAGCAGAGGGUAGGGGGUGUCUGAGGUUCAAAUCUUGUCUCUGGGGAAGACUGCGUUUCCUCCAAAGCAGCACAUUUCUCUGAUUUAUCAUUGGAAGAGCAGCUGGUGGUGGAUCCAGGCUGCUGUGAGGUGCUGACCCCCAUCUGAUCACACACACACACACACACACACACACGCACACACACACUCACGCAGAGCUCUGUCCACGGUUCUGAACUCUGGCUGACACACUGUUACACACACUACAACAGGCUUCUGCAAACCCUGCAUUUGUAAUGUAAAACUGCUGCUCAGAGAUAUUUAAUCAAACAGGGUAUGAAGCACGUGUUUAAUACAUGCCUGCAGUUAAUUUAUUCAAAUAACACUGCGUUCUUACUCACGUCUUAAAGGGCCAUCCCGCUUUUUUUUUUUCUUCAUGCAUGAAUUCCAGUUUCAGUUCCAGUUUUGCUUCGGAUUGAUUUUCUUUCAAACCACAUGAUAACAGCCCCAAAUCUUCCCAUUAUGUACAGAAAAAGUAUAAUUAAAUCUCACUGGACAUGAGGUCAGGGGUUGGCAGCCACUGCUGCUUUACACCUGAACAUUUUCGAUCCUAUUCAGAUGAAUUGAACGCUUGAUUUUUGAUAUAUUUCUUACAUCCAUUGUAUUAAAGCUGGAGGUUGUAAGCGUGACUAGGUUAACUCUAUGACACUGAGCACGUGCUUUUAGUUGUCAACUUACAAAAGCUAUACUGACUUUAAAAAAAAAUUUUUUUAUCAACAAGAAUGAGAAAAAUCCAACUUCUUGGCUCAAACAAAGAAAUAAUUUUUAUCCAGUUUCAGAGGAUCUAUCUCAUCAAUCUGCAAAGCUCCAACAAACACAGCUCUGUUGUAAUGAGGAUCAUCUUGUGGUAAGGAUGCCUGGCCCAGGUUCACACUUGAAAGAAUGGAAGGUCCACACGAAUGGUCAGUUUGACAAACUUUAGUGGUUGCAGAUCUGGGUUAGAGCUUCAUCAUGCUACAAGUGUAACAAAGACUAUUAUGGUCUGAGACUGUUCAAGUAUUUAUAGUCGUCCACAUUUCCAAACAUUCUGCUGGCAUUUAGUUGACCCUAAGAAAGUCCAUGUAAGGUAAGAAUAGAGGAGAACAUAUUUUAAGGAGCCUUAGGUGAACAUAUGGAGAGUCCAUAGAGGGAAAUACCAUGGCAGAACAUGAUGUCAAAAAUGUGCACAAGGUUUUUGGUUGAGGACGGUUGUCGGAGGCCCCCAGCUCCAGCAAUCUAACACCAGCGUAUCCAUGGUAUUUGAGUUGCAUGUCUCCACCACUCUAAAGGCUGAUGGGAUUGGCUAAAGAAAGUUCUCCUAACAUCUGGGUUCAAAGAACAUGCAGUAACUAACAAAUUAACUGUUUUCAAUUUUGGAAUAAAGAAUUUCAAUCAAUUUUCUUUCCCAUAUUAGUUUAUGCAACAGCAGACAGACUGUUAUAAAGCCUCAAACAUGUCGUCCAUUUAGUCUGGAGAAUUAAUUGCAUGCUGAAGUAUGUCAUCUAAAUUGUAUCAUUAGUAUUUCAGAGAAAUGUCUCAUGGCUGCUGGUCAUUCAGAGAGAGAGAGAGGCUGGAGUCACAUGAGAAUUGAAUUGGAGUGAGUCUCUAAUUGGAUUACUUCAUGUGACAAAUGAGGGACAGUCAUUUGAUUUGCAGCGCCGGGUUCAACUCCUCCCUGUUUCUGGAGCAGCAGAAGCAGAUGAGCCGGGGUUGCUAAUGUAAUUAAUUACACUAAAGCCCCGACCCCUUUUGAUUCUGUUUCUGUGUAAAUGGAUGGAACCGUGGUAUUCCCACUGGGCUUUGGAAACCAUUGUGUUUUUCCAUUUGCUCGUACAAGCUUUGCAUGUCGCAUGAAGCUCAGCCUGUCAGUAGAAGAUUGAAAGCAAUUAAAGUACUAACUAUUUUCUAUUAGUCCCCUUUGUAACCAAAAAUACAGCCCCCAACGUCUUUUGGGCUUUUGGAUUAAUUCAAUUAAACUUCUCAUUUCCUCUGAGAACAACCACAGCGCUAAAUAAGAUGCUUUCUAGUCAAAUCCUUCCCGUUUACACGACCUCUUUGCUGCUGAAUGAGCAGAUUUUUAUAGAUGUGUAAUAUUCACUUGGAAAGGAGGAUAGUUUUCUAUUGUUGUUGAUCAAUCUGUGCUACAGUUUCUCGAGGUUUUGAUGUUUACUCAGUCAAACGUCCGUGAUCACCUGAGCCAAAGUCCUGGAUCUUUCAUCUUCUGUCAUCUCCACCCAGUUGAUGUGAGAAGAAUGAGAGAGUUUGACCGUGAUGGAGGUUUACAGAGGUGAGAAAGAGUCAUGGUCAGAGUAGAGCGACUGUGCAGCAGACAGAAAUGAGAUAACAGUAUUGGGAGAGAGAGAAAUUCUGUCUUUUGUUUUUGUGAAGGAUGGCAGGCAGCUCUGCGACUAGAAAGGAGAAGCUAGGGUGAGUCUGCAUCAUCUCACAUUCGGUAUCAUGCAGUUUAUUCAGAAAUGAAGCCGAGACUUAAACUGAUCACUUUUAAUCCAGACGAAGCUGCUGGUGCUCUCCAACUCCUAACUAAUAUGGAUUUAGAAAAUCAAUCAUGAACGGCAAAUCUACUCUAUGACGUUACAUCCAGGAGAAGUUGGGCACCUCUCUCCAGACACUGUUAGAAUUCCUCUGUUGUGUUUGCACCGUCUGAACCUGCUGCAGAGACCUACAGAGUCUGAGUCAGCAGGAUCUCAGCAGCAGCAGCAGGCUGUAGAUCAGCAGCUGUGCAGGCAGCCGUUCAGCUCUGUGUACAGAGGUGCUUUCAGGCCACUGCGAGAUGAAGAGGGAGACUCCUCGUACCAGGUCAGGCCCAAGACUGAUCUCAAAUAUGAACUCCUGUUAAAUAUGAGAAUUUCACUGCCAUGAUUAAUCAGUAAAAGAGUUAAUAACUUGGACUGUUCUGAUUUGCUGUUUUUAAUUCCUCAGCUGCUGUAUAAUGAACAGUCAGUUAAAAAGGACUUAUAGACUGGAAUAAGUUUAGGUGAAAUUGCUUCAGGGGAGCUAAUCGUAAGGAUUUGCUGUUUUGCUUUCAGAGUGGAUUUCUCAUCAUGUAGAUUUUUCAGACUGGAGUUCUUGAGACUCAGGAAACUGGGAUGGUCAUUUUCUAUAAUUUCACAGCACAUCACGGACAGACAUGGGCUUUUCCUUACAGUCUUUUAAGGAUUUCAUAGAUGGUUUUACAUAAAUAAGUCUUUUCCCUAAUUUGGAGGCGGCAUUUUCAAACCUAAUUGUGUGUCGUAAGUAGAAAAUAUGUAAGUGGUACACGUGUAGCUGCUGCUGCUGCUGAGAGCGUCAUUAAGCGAGUAUCAUGGGAAAGAGUAUUAUGACUCUUCAUCCUGUGAGUCCAUGCAUGUUUCUACUUCCCUGAGGAUAAUGAAUCAGUGUGUUUCCCUGGACUUAAGCGUCUCACAGCUGAAGAGGAACAAGGAGAGGCUAUCAGAGGCUGCUGGCUGAGGGUUUGCUCUGCUCCUCCUGGACCGGAGUGUGUCAGAUUUAUAGUGUCAGUGAAGAGCUUCACAGCCAGGGGGGGGAGGAGGAAAGACCAGGGCUUGAUGUUGCCAUGGUUACCGGGUUUGUUAAAGAUGGGGCUUGUGUGGUGUGUGUGCAACAGCGAGAGCGAUGUUUGAGAGAGCGAUUUUUGCAGCCAGACUGCAGUGAAAGAUAAUUUCCCAACUGAUGAUAACGCAGAUAGAUUCAUGAAUGAAUACAAAUAAUACACACUAGAUGUUGUUAAAUGUAGUGUGUCAUGGCCUGCAACAUAAAGGAAGACCGCCAGCAUGAUAACAGGCGAGGUCACAACAACAGCAAAAAAAAAAAAGGAAACUCGUGAGGACUGUUUUUAUUUUACCGAAAAUGUAAACUCGAGUCCCACAUCAAACUGAACAAUUGUGGCUGUUUUGGAGCUUUCAUGAUCUUCAUCGCUGCUAAAAUUCGCUCAGUCAAUCCUGAACUUAAGAGAUGUUGCCAAUUAUAAUUUCCUGAAGUUCUCAGUAACAUCUUCCAGCUCCUCGUUUUACAGACAUUCACUCCAGAGACAGAUUAUCUGUUUACUGUCAUGUUUGAGGAAAAACAGAUGUUUCAAAGUAGAGAGUCAAGAUGUUCUGAAGAGAAAAGUGUCCAGAAAUUCAAAUUCCCAUGAACCAGCUCGUCUAAAAGUAAGAAAACACUCAAAUUUGAGCUCCAUUCAUUCAACAAAUGACUCCCUAAUCUGUCCAUGAAUGUUGAAUUAGUUUGCAGAGAGUGUCUAACAUUAGCAGAGCGAGCACCACCAACUUCUGAUCUCCCCUGCUGGUUAGUAUCCACGUGUCUGGUCGAGUUUAAGCAAACUCAGCCUUUAUACAACUUAAUUCUCUCGCUCAAAGUGCUGCCUAGCUGUGCCAAUGCAACAAGAUGUGAUCUGGGUUUGUUUACAUCCAGGUGGUUGAACAUUAUAACUUUAUGGAAGUAGAUCUCUAACAGAGCUGAAGUCUGGAUCAGCUGUGGCUGAGUGGAGUCUAGUGAAAGGCCAGGAUUCAGUCACAGAUCAGGCCGCCCACAUACCUUAAAGGUGUUGUAGUCAGGAUCUGAUGACGUUCCAGUUUUUAGGAUAAAUCUUGAAUGUAAACUCUACCCCUCCAACCAGUUUCCCCCUCAGCUCCUCCUCUCCCCUCAAGCCCCGCCCACAAACAGACGCUCCUGCUCGCUCGUAUCGUUCCAAUUAAAUUCAGAUAUAAUGCAGAUCAAUACUUCAGAUCAUUACAAAUGGGGCCCAGUCAAGGUGAAAGUCAAAAGCAUUGGUGCUACUGUAGAUGCCAACAGACUACCAGCAAACACAAUGUUUGCAGGACUUCUACAACGAGGAUAAAGUGACAUAGUCCAGGACCCGAGGGAGGACAGUUUAGCGAUGGCGCUACAACACGCUACAGCAGGUCCGUUUGACAAGAAACACUUCUGUUACAGACACUUGUCUUACUUUGUUAAAGCGGUUUACCUGUCCAGCAGAAAGGUUACAGGGUCACCAAGAUCCCCAAGCGUCCCCCAUCGUUUAUGUUGACCCGGCUUUUUAGCUCUUGUCCGGUCUACCUCCGUUUUAAGCGCCCGUUAUUCCUCCAGAGUCUCCGGUAUUUACUUUGUUUUCUUGCUUGUGUCGGCAGUCGUGGCCAAAGGAGGAUUCAGACAAUUUUCCGAACUAUCUGGUUGGUUUCUACUGUCCGAUAUUGUAGCACGCUAACUUUGUUUGGGCUCCUGAACGACACGGGGGAGCAGCGUCUGCCUCACAACCAAUCAGGUUAGAGGAGGUGGAGAACGGCUUUGUUUACAGUCAGAAAGAGCGGACCGCUCAAAAAUGUUCAAAUGUUGACGACACAGACAUAAGAGAACACAGAGAUAUCGAUAUAUUACCAAAUGUCAUCAAUAACUAAUAACUAUUGACUGAUAUUAGAAGCUGGGCACUUAAUCCCAAAACUGACCCCAGGGGUGUGCCAUCAGUGUGCAAAUGGGAUUAGUUAAUACUGAUAGGCUGCAGUGAACAUGAUAUGUCAUAAAAAUCACUUAUAAUAGUUCUGAGACUGGAGAAAGAGCUUAAUCAGAAUAAUCCGUUAACCCUUUUAAGUGCACAGUGGUCGGGCUAAAGCUGAGACACAACAAAAGACCGGCAUUUGGAGGUUUUAGAAAUAUGAGUUAUUCAUAGUUUUACCAUCUGUUAACAUGGCGCAGACUAACAUGUUUGACAACUGUUUAAGACAUCUCUUCAGCAGCAGAUUAUCCUAUUUGAGUGGCUUAAACAGAAUUAUGUUGUUGUUUUUUGUGGGUUUGAACGUUUAAUAAACCCAUUUAUAACCACACCUAACUUUUCGAUAUGCUGACCAAAUAUUUCAGCCACAUUUCUCUGCACUUUUCCCGUGUGUUGUUUCCCGUAAUGUGUCGUAGACUUGAGUAAUUGAGAGCUCUCAUAGUGUGACGGUGCAUCACUGAUGUUGUUUCCUCCGUGGACCUAUAACAGCCUGAAGGCUCCUCAUUCACAGCAACAAAAACAGAGGCUUUUUGUGCAUUAUGAGUGUGUGUGUGUGUGUGUGUGUGUGUAUGUGUGUGUGUGUGUGUGUGUGUGGUUGUAGCCUUUAGCAGCUGCACUGUCUCUAAAUGAGUCACUUCCAUUUUCCUGCCCAGUGUAUCAGCUUCACUGAGUUUGUGUUCACACAUUCAGUGGAGCAGCUGAACCAGCAGGGCUUCAAUUAAAUCCCUGUCCUGCACCGCCUCUCGGCUCCGGCCUGAGGACGAGCAAAAAACUUUAUUGAUUACAAGCUAACUGGGGUGGAGAGCACAGAAGGUCCACCAGCUUGUCCUUGAGUAUUGAUUACCGUAAAUUCUUGCAACCCUGAGGUGUGAGAUAUCGGUGCAGAAUACACAGAAUAGUAAGGUGCUCCACAACUUAACCAGAGCAUACAAAUGUAGCUGCUCUAUUCUCUUCUUUCCUGGUCUGUCGGAGUUUAAAUGUUGUCAGAUUUAUGUACAGCUACAUGAGAAGUGAAAAUAAAACAGCUGUUCUGGUCAUUUUUGGGAAAUUUACCUUAACCAUCACACAGUUCCUGCGAUAUAUUUCAAGUCCCAGCGGCUGCUCUCCAUAACGAAGUGGCUGCAGUAUAUUCUAAAACCAAAGUGAAACUGAGAUGCUAUAAAUAUCCCCAUCAUGUUUCCAAGAUCAGGAGAAACAGCUUCUGAAAGACGAGAUCAGAAGCUCAGAAAGAGCUCCUAAGGAGAGCUUUCAGUCCUGAUCGUUUUAUCUCCUGUUAAAAAAAGUAUUGGUGUUUUUUUUUUUGUUUGUUUUACACGACAUUGAAUUAAUUUAAUACCCAUAAUCCAAAGCUGUGCUAAUGAUAAUCUUCAUUUUUUUGUUGAACGUCAGAUGGUAGCAAAUUAAGCCGCUUAUGUUGUGUAGUAAACCAUUUUUUAUGAAGUAAAAAGACAGGAUAUGACUAACACCACACUGACUAGGGCUGGGCGAUAAACGGAAAAUUUACCGAUACUGAAAUUUACGACAAUAACUGACGUCAUUUUGCCCAUAUCGGUGUAAUCAGUGUCAAAAAAAUAAAAGAAAUCUAAGUUUUGGAUGUGUGUAGGUAGGCUAUGGUCUCAUGUCUCUUUCAGAAGCUGUCCUACGUCAGAGACGUGACUCCGCCCUAUCCGGUCCAGAGAGACAGACAGGUGAGGAGAUGGAGGACGGUUCUAAAGUUGGAGCUGCUGAAGUAGACGAAGUUAAUGUGGGAGGGGGUGAGCAGCUUGUGGAGUAGUUAUCGUCCAUUUAUCGUUAUUGAGAUGAACUGAUCAAUAUAUUGUGAUAUUGAUUUGAGGACAUAUCACCCAGCCCUAUUGUCUAGUACACGACUUUGUAUGAAGUAAAGGCACAUAAAUUCAGCCUGAUUUAUCAGGUGGGUCUGACAGGAUAUGACUAACACCACACACACUGUUACACAUCAUGUUUUUCUGCAUAAAAGCACAUACAUGAAAAAGUGACCUCUUUGAUUUGAGCAAAUCAUAAGGGCCUGUGUCCACUGACAGCAUUUUUGAGCUGGCAAGGCCGCACCCACAACCUCAAAUUUAGAUCAUACAGACAUCGUUCUUGGGCUUGGACUGCUGUCGCUGCAAUGCUGAAAUAUGGCGGUGUAUAGAAAAUAAGAUGCUGCCAGCACAUAGGCCGCUGUCGGUGGACAUAGGCCCUGAUGCUUUUCCUAUGAAAACACUGUUAUUUUUCGAAGUCUGACAAACUUAUUGUUGCCGUUCAGCUGAAGUGAUAAAAGUGGUCACAUGGUUUGUGUGAUCAGUGAAAUGUAGGGGUGUAGGAGGGACUUGACCUCUCAUGACCCCCAGAGAGGAUGUUGUCAUGAUGUUGUCUCCAUUAUAAGAUCGUGUUUUCCACGAGUAACAAGAGUAGAGCGGCAGCCCUUUCAGCGUGUUCGGGCAGCACAGGGAUCAUUUAUUACUUCCUGCUAUAAUGGGAUAUAACACUGGGGUCAAAUGGGGUAAGACCCCCCUGGGAGAACAUGAUUGGAUGAUACACAGAUGGCAUGUUCUGAAGAGGCCAGCAUCUGUCUGCAGAGAGGGUUUUAUUUACUUACUUAAUUACUGGUUUUAUUGGACUUUUUCAUGACUUUGGAGCUUCUUUCAGACCACAGUCCUGGUCAGCUUGUUAUAGUGUCUCUGUCUAUUAUCAGAGGAUGCUUAUCUGUCUGCUCUGGUCCAUUUGAUCCUCACUGUCAGAGUUGGAGUAUUUCAGCUCUAAUGUUUAGAGGCAUUCAGAUCCUGUCGUUUCUGUGAUGUUCAAAUCUGCCAAAGUUGAUCCGUUAUAUCGAGGAGUUUUCUUCCUCAUGGAUUAUUUUUGAAAAUAUUGACUCUGGGUGGCGUCAUAUUUUCUCUCCCACAUUAUUCAGUCUUUGCACGCAGCCUUCUGCAUCAGCGCUGGGGUAUCGAUUCGGAGGAUGCGUCUCAGCUGACCUGAUGCCCUGAUGUCUGUCCCCCGCAGAACGUCUUUAUCUAACCACCUGUGUCUCCUCCCUCUGAUCCUCCUGUCAGCCUUUAUCUUCCUGAUGGGUGACUUUCUGUCCCUUUUGCUGCGUCUCUGAGUCUCCUCUGCCCGACCACACAGCAGCGACCCUCUGAGGAGCAAGAGCGAGCCUUCAGUCCCCGCCCUCUCUGCAGCUAGCUAAUUAUUGAUGGUCUAAUGUGUCUGUUCAAGGAUCUGUCAAAGUUCAGUCCUGCUCCGUGUGUGUGUGUGUGUGUGUGUGUGUGUGUGUGUGUGUGUGUGUGUGUGUGUGUGUGUAAAAGGCGUGCCAGGCUACAGGAUGUGUCAUGGUUUCAGGUGUCAGUUCACCUGAAGGCUGUCAGAAAAUACUUUUGGUGACGCUGCAGAGGACCGAGUGGCCGCUGAGGAGAGACCAGGUUCAGUAACCCGCUCUGAUCUGCACAGACAUGUCUAUAUAGUGUCUUAUUUUAGACCUCCAUAUGUAAUACUGAAAGUUGUAGUUCUUCAUUUGUCUUUCUUGUCUUGUAUGUUUUUUAGUGGGAUUUAAAACCUGUAUGUAGACUUUGAUCUGUUUCUUAUCUAAGUGGAGGUGAAAACUGGAAAGAGUUUAGUAUUACGGACCUUUAGUAACCGCAGAAUCACGAAUGUCUUUAUUUUCAAAGUUGAUGCAUCAGAUCUUGUCUGUCCUGAGACUGUGUCUUGAUAGGAAUCUUAUAUCUGUGGGAGAGUUGCACAUUCGCUCUCUUCUUUUUUUACCGUGAGAGUUUUGUCCUGUAAGAAACCAAAAGUAAGUCUUGUGUCUACAUGUUCAGUUCAGAUCCUUUAAUGCGUUUCACAUAUUUCUGCUAUUUCGGUGACAUACUGUUAAGAGCUUCACCAGAGGGGACACAGAGAUCAGUACGAAUAAUAAGGGCCUGUGUCCAUCAACUGCAUUUUUUGGCAGUUUGCACAUUUGCCCUCAAUCCAAAUCUCAGAGUGUUUUACAACAGUUUCUUCUGUUCCUGGGUUAUGAAAGUUGUGUUGGUUAUGACUGUUCAGCCAGCUUUGAAAUUCUCUGUAGGUCUCAUAUUAGGGUUGGGAGAAAAAAAUCGAUACAGCAUCGUGUAGCGAUAUUUUGUCUGGUAAUAGGUCAUAUCAUCUCAUUUACAGAGUAUCGAUUUUUUCAAAUAAUUGCUAAUAUGAAGUCAAAUCUACGAUAAUGGUAAAAUAAAAUCAACUGUUUGUCCAGUGAAGUUGGCAGAGGUGAAAUCAUCGAGCAGGAGAAAGUUAGUUCAACAAAUAUAUAAAAGGGUUAGUAAGACAUGCUACAGGAAAACAAAAUACUGUGUAAAUUAGACAAACAUAAAGACAAGACAAAUGCUAAAUAAGCUUAACAGUUGGAAAAAUUUUAUAAAUCACAAUAAAUGGUAUCACAAUACUCACUGUAUUGCAAAAUGUUAAAACUCGCAAUGAUAUCGUAUCAUGACCCAAGUAUCGUGAUAAUAUCGUAUCGUGGCCCAACUAUCAUGAUAAUAUCGUAUUGUGACCCAACUAUCGUGAUAAUAUCGUAUUGUGGGGCCACAGCUGAUUCCCACCCCCAUCCUUUAUGUCUUUUAUCCAGAGGAGUUUUUCAGAGAACAUAGAAAUAGAUAAAAAUUGUAUGAUAGCAUUAACCUGAAAAUCAUACCUCUAAAGAAAACAGAUGGGGUUUCUCCUCCAAACAGACCUCCUCCAUUUUUGUUGACAAAGUUUAUACCAGGAGUCCCGCCCCCUUCUGAUUCUGAUUGGUUAGUGACACAGAAAGAAAAUUAACAGUAAACAGUAAUUAAAACUUUUUUCUGCAUGUGCCCAAUAUAAAUAAACUAAAGCGGUUUAAAAACAUUUGUUGUGUAUUGAUGCCAUCUGCAUACUGGAAUAUCAUCCACCACUGUUUCACAGCUUCCUACCUCCUUGUUUUAGCGGUAAAGUGGUCGAUUCCAUUCAAGUAAAACAGUAAUAUACUGUUUAUAUACAGAGUGUAAACCUCGUGGGGAUCGUGGGGCAUUUCUGCACUUAGUCUGCACUUAGUGUCUCCAGACCUUUAAUAGACACAAAGACCAAAUUCACAUAUUUUCUCAUCUGGCUGAUUUAGACCGAUCAUUGUCAGCUGAAGGGGAAAGACCUUCUGUUUUCUGGAUACAGACCUCUGCAGUCUUGUUUUUAACUGUGUUUGAUACUCUGAUCCUGUUCUGAUCCAAUCAGCGUCCUACUUUCUAAUUCACAUCAUUGUCAGGGAGAAAUUACACAACAGCAAACGCAGCGUGGCGGCCAAUCUUAAGAAACACCACCAGAGCAGCAGAGAGUGAAGACGCUUUCAUGGAGGCUUCGUGGAUCAUAUGAACAGCUGUUUAAAGGCUUUUUCUGUUUCACGUUCCUGACUCCUCUUUUGCAAAGCCAGGGCGGUUGGUCGGGGUUGUUAGUGAUUUCAAGGUGCCGACCACAUCACACACACUUCUCCGUGUUCAGGCCUGUCUGUGUAUCGAUCUGGUUUUUAUAAUCCAGAUGUGACGUGAGAUUACAUCAAACCUUUAAGAGUCUCUCUCUCCAUUCAACUUCCAUUGAUCACCUCUCUAUCUGUUUACACGGCGGUUUGCAUUAUUGAUGGAUGUGGCUCUAUAUAUAAGGUCUUUGACUGAUGAGGGCGGCAGCAGCGACGCAGUUUGUCCCGAGGGAGAGAGAGAGAGAGGAAAAAUGCUGCAUUUGAAUAAUGUGGCCGAGAUCUCAGAGCGAACGCUUUGUUUGUGUUCAGAGGACAGAGAAACACUCCAGGAAGAUACCAGAGAGAGAUAUGAAGUUGUGUUUCAUGGUUUUAAUAUCGGCUUUUACAACGUUCAUUAACAGUUAAUGAUUUUUCAGCUUUAACUGGUUUUAAUGAGCUUUUUUAAUAAAGAACAGCAGCCUUUGUUGAGGUGAAUUGUUGUUUUUUGACCUUCUGUAACUGUGAAGGUCUUUCAGGGUGAAUCUAAUGUAACAUGAUAUUUGAAAGAUCCAGUGAGGAACUUUAGUGUCGGUUAAAAUAACUCUACAAAUGAUUUAAAGAGGUAAACAUUUUGUGUAACCAGUCAAGUGUGGUUUCCCUUUUUGACCUUGACUUGUUUUGACUCCAAACGUCUUCCUUCAGAAGAGUCAUGUGAUGUUGUUGUGGUGUCUGUCAGCAGAUUUAGAGAGGUCUGGUUGUCCUUCCUGAAGUGUCCGCUGUUGUCUGACAGUCACAGAAGAACGAAGAGAGAAAAGCCAGAAACAAAAAGGAAGAGGAGACCAGGAGGACUUCAAGUCAGCCAUGUUAGACCACAUCAGGGACUGAGAGAAGGCCGAGGUCAUCAUCCGCUCAGAGAGCAGCAGAAACCGGAGCAGGAUAAGGGAGGCAGGAGAGAUCAGGGAGUGAGCCAAGAGGGUGGGGAACCAGGAUGAGGCGAGGGGGGCAUGAUGGUCCUGAUGCUUCCUGACCAAACCUCUUUAAAUGAUGGUAGUCUGCAGAACCGUCCUGUGGCACCGUGUCGGUGUGGUUAGCAGGCGUUUGGAGCAGCAGCUGAUGACAGACGUUUACACGUCAGGGUGUUUGGGAUCGUGUUUGUUGUAAAUUCAGGUUCUUCCAGCGCAGAGUUAAGAAAUCAGAUAUCCCGAGUAUCUCUGGCCCUGCUGUUCCUCACAGAGCAGCUCUGUCGUUUCUAAACUUUAUGACAAGUCGUCGUGUAAUUAUUAAUCAUUUUAUGGCCGCCAUGUCAACAGCACAGUCCCGCCCAUACGGCCUUCGAAUUCCAGACCGCUCAUGUAUAUCGGUGUCAGCUCCACCUUUCAUUCGCUCAGUCUGAAGGUGGUGAUCUCAUGUUUGUCAGUCCACUCCCUACUACACUCCAGUCAACAGAAGGACAGUGGGAUUGAAGGUCUCGCCUCUUUUGUCUCCAAGAUUUCAGGAAAAGUUCUGGAGCUUCUUUCUGAACACGUGUUUUUAAAAAGUGUAGCUCUUAAAAAUCACGGAGGAACAACAUUAAAACACCAGAUUUCAGUCCUUUCACUGCGAUGAUGACGAUAAUGGCUCAUCUCAAAUAUGCGGACAGAGACGCCUCAGCAGGUCAGCUCUGAGCGUGAUUAAACUUUAUUACAUCCCUUUUUUGGGGGUUAUUAAUUUUUACAGGCAGCAGUUCUGAAAAACGGCGUGUGGGACGGACUCAGCUCGUUCUCUGGUUGGUGUAUUUUUUCACGUGGUUAUCUGUCGGAGGCUCUCAGACUGCUAAACUCACUUUUAAAGGAGAGGUCUAAUAACGCAGCAGAGAUCAUCUGUAUUUGUGUCUUCUUAUAAACAUGGAGGCCGUCCUGCUGUGACAUGGUUGUCAGGGUGGGAAGCUCUCACAUGUUGCCGCUUAGAUUUGCAGCACUCUGAGUCUAAAUCAAUAAAAAACCGAUUAGUCAGAUUCUUGAUGUUUAUACGACACACAACCUGCACAAAGCAAUAUAACCUGAUAUGAAAACUGAGCUUUGCACCCUGACCUGGACUUCAGGGUUAGAUAGCUGCUCUGUGUGGAUGUGGUUCACUGGAGAUCAGUCUGACAGAAGAGUAAAAAGGACGAUAUCGCAGAAUAAUUAAUGAGUGGACUUACUUCUUACUAACAUGCAGAGGUGAUAACUGAUCGUUUUCUCAGUUUAAAGCCGAUAUUAAAGCUCCUGUGGGAUAGGUGUCACAUUUUCUCCUGUGAAGGUCCUCAUUACUGCAGAGUCAUCGUUUCUGUACUUUCUGGUUUAAGCUGUUGAAACCAGGCGAACCCUCGACCCUGUUCUCGUGGUCUCUCUCUUUGUCUUUAUCUAUCCGGACCUUCACAGACUUUCAUCAGACUUUAGUUUGUGUUGUCUAAAGUGCUGAUAUAAAUUACUCGUGCUGACACUCAGUAUUGUGACUUUACCUUCACAAGUCUGUAACAGCGCUUCUUCUCUCUGUUCAACAUUUACUGAAGGGCUUCAAGAGUCAGAAUCAUGAUUAUUUUGUCUUAUUGGAUGAUAUACGUUUUUAAAACAGUCAGAUGAACUGCGACUUAGAGGGACCAUGCAUCAGUUCUUCUCUUCACUUUAAGAACUUUGACUUAAUUUUAGUGAUUUUACUCACUUAUUUUAAUCUCGUUUCAUAUAAAAAUGAAGGAUUUUAGUUUUUUAAAGCUUUUAUAUCAUGUGUUUAAAAAUGUUGAUACUUGGGCUUGUAUUUUAUUAUGACUCAGAUCCAUGUCUCCACUCGUUAGCUCAUUAGCUCGUUAGCGUUGCAGCCUCUCUCUCUCCCUCUCUCUCUUGUUGCAAACAUUCUGUCCCUCGGCUUUUCAGACACAGACGUCUGUCUCCUCCUCCUGCUCUCCUCGUUUCUACUGCUGUUGCACAAUGUGUUGAAGAUACGUGUCCGCCAUUAAUCUGAGCGGUAGCUGCAACUUCCUCGCGCUCCAACAUUUAGUUUCACUUUGAUUUGAGCUGCUGAUGUUAGAGGAGAGGGGCGGCACCCGAGCUUCAACACACAGGACCUAACAGGGACGCUACUGUUCAGUCUGGAUUAUCAUAUUUUUAUUGAAUCUCAUUUAAAAUCUGUUUUUAAUGUUUUAGUUUUUGGCACGGUCGCCUGGUCAGUGUCGGCUUCAUCCUCGUGCAUCAGCUCAUCUUCAUGAAUGUUGGUCACUCUGCUUUUUGGAUAUUCAUGUGACCAAACGAAGAUGCUGCACGCGCGCACACACACACACACACACACACACACACACACACACACACACACAAAGUCAGAACAGAUGAUAGUGUCCUGGUCCGUAGUAAAAUAAAAAGGGAAAGGACUCAAAAUGCAGAACAAAAAAAAAAAAGAUUUAUUUAAAAUAAAUUAAAUGAAAGUGAACAAAAAAACUUCAUAUAAAUGUCCAACUGAAAAAUUACCAAACAGGGAUGAACCAACAAAGACACAGAGGAAGACAGAGUCUGUGUCCAAAACGAAUCCCAAACCCUCAUACGGGGUUUAAAUAUGUAGCUGACUAUGUCGUGAACUCAGUCACCGGAGGCUUCGGACUCUACCACUGUGACGUUGCCACUGGAGACGCAAUGCGUGACAGGAUGCCCACCACCGGUGAGUGACCAUCGGAUGGUCACUGCAUUUUGCAAUGCUCUAUGGGAAAUUUUGAGUCGCCUAUAUGGGGCACUGGAAUUGAUCACUCAGGUUUCGGACAGCCCUCAAAAUGGCGCUAACCGCCAAAUAGUCGCCUUUAUAGGGGUUAGAGAUCCAUUUAGGACACAGACUGGGACUUUAAAUAUACACACACAGAGGGAAACGAGCAACAGGUGAGACAGUGAGACACAGGUGAAGUUAAACAAGACGAGAAACACAAGGAUGGACUCCUACAAAAUAAAACAGGAAACACUAAAGAAUAGAAUAAAACACUGUUAAAAUCACUCACAAUAACAGAACAUAUCAGACAGAUGGGUGUAACCAAACAGACUCCAAACAAUCAGAGGAGAGGCUCUGAUAUUUACACACACACACACACACACACACACACACACACACACACACACACACCAUCAUGUAUUCAGAUCACAACACCUUUGUGCUGUUAUAUAAUCGCACAAUCUCACACCCCCUGGAGCGUCUGUGAUUACAUUAAUCAUGUAAACUCUAGUGUCGACUUUGGGGAUUUGGGGUUCGCUGUAAAAUUUUACGACUGAUCCAGUCACAUCAGGAACAAAAACAGCACGGCAUUGUGGUCCGCUGCAUCAGGCUCUUAACCCCAAAUCAAGGUCGUUUCUGCAUUUCUUUGUUCGCGCUGAUCUUAAUGACUUAAAUCUCAGGUUUGAGGAUGAAGUCACGUGUCGAGGCUCUCCUCAUCUCUGCAGAAGGACACCUGUCAGAGGAGGAGACGAACACUCUCACUUCAGGAGGCUUUACUGCAGAGUUUAUUCUUGUGUUAUCUUUUCAUGAAAUGAAACUCUACGGCUUCGAUUUCAUGUGGAAGAGCUCACACACACACACACACACACACACACACACACACACACACACACACACACACACACACACAUACAUCUACAGUACAGUUCAUAAACAGCAGCAGCAGACCACCUACUCCACCCCCCUUUAUUCUCUCUCUCUCUCUCUCUCUCUCUCUCUCUCUGCUCUGUCUGAACCAUUCAAGCAGAGCACCACAGGAUAAUCCCUCUCUCAUUGAGAAACACACACACUCACACACACACACACACACACACACACACACACUCACACAGCCCUUCCUGAACAGCGCUGGAGGGUUAGAAAGAUCUCAGAUCACAGAUUAGUGCUCCUCUUCCUCCUCUCCGCACGCUGAUUCUCCAUCGCUCAGUCAGACAGUCAGAGAGAGAGGAGACAAAAAGUAAACGACCAAGAGGAGAGGAGAGGAGGAGAGGAGAGGGGCUGAGGGAGCAGGAGGAGCCCACGUGUCUGUUCUGGGAGCUGCAGCCUGAGCCGCUCUUAAUGGAGGACUGGGGGUAAGCUUUUGUUGCUGUGGCGGGGGGCUGUGCUCCCUCUCUGUCUGGGUGUAGUUCUGCUCUUUGUCUGUGGGGUCUGACUCUCGUGACACGUCGAUGCUGCUGGUUUGCGUCGCUGCGAGUUUCGCUGGUUUUCAGUCUUUCUUGGACUAGUUUUUGGAGGGACGUGGAUCCCUGCAGCACUUUGAUACUCGGUCUGGUUUGUGAGGAUGAACCAAAGCAGCGUGAUGCUGUAGAUGUUUUUCUAUGAACUCCUCAUAUAUUCCACUUUAAAAACACAGAUGCCGCUCCUCUUGUUCAGGUUUUUCUCCACUUUGUCAGCCUGAUGGUAAACUGGAGGAGGAUAGUGAGUGACUGCUUUCUUAGUCUGCGAUCAGGGGUUCUCUCCUGAACAAAAGCCCCCUCUCUGCGUGUGGUUAAUGGAUUAACCAAGCGUGAUAAACACCCACUCAUGCCAUGCUCCACGCUGCAUCCGGCCCGGGCGUUUCUUAUUACUUUGGCCUUUUGGAGAAGAUUCCCCGUCAUUGACUGGAUUUGAGAUUUGAAGUCUUUUCUCUUUUGUCUCUUUUGUCAUCUUUGCCCGUCUUUGUCAGCAGUGUUGCUCCUUCCAUCUCUCUCCAUGGUUGACCCACAUACCCAUGCUGCUCCCACCCCUCCCCCUGACCUCCUAUCAAAACACAGCAUGGCUGCCUCUCUCUCCAUUGUUUUAUACCUCUGUCUUUACCGCUUCAAACCCUGAGACUGUAAAAGUUUGAGUCGAUCGUAGGAAACUCAUCGCUCUUCGUCUGCAGGUGUCCUAAUUAUUAGAUUUAAUGUAAACGUUUAAUGUGACGUUUAACCUUCAUGACGAAUCAGAUUUUGACUUUAUGUGGGAAACACAGUUGUACUCGGAAGUCGGGAUUUCUGAAUUCUGAGUCGGAAAUUCAUCUGGAAGCCCCCCUGAAGUCGGAUUUCUGACUCGGACGAUCCUCAUUAACCCCGACUUGACGACAGCGUCAAAAUCCAAGAUGGCAGCACAGUGCAUCAACAGUAAAGAUUAACAGUAAAAACUCUCGUAAUGUUUGAUUUAUUAUCACUUCUGUUUAGUUUUUGUGAAAUUAAAUAAGCGGUUUAUGUUAAACUGCCCAACGUCUAACUGUGAACACGGUACUAUGGUGUUUGUACGAGUAAAAAAUGGUGUUAUACGUUUUUUACAACUCAUAUAGUUAACAACUAACAACAGCUGACAAUGGUUAACUGUAGGCGUCCAACUUGGUUUUUACGACUCGUUUACUGGAACGCCGUCAAAUCAGGUGUAACAUCAUCAUGGAACUUAAAGUUAGACGACAGCUUUAUUUUUUUCGAACAUUUGCGUGCAACAUGACAACAAUGCUGCUCCCCCGUGUCGUUCAGGAGCCCAAACAAAGUUAGCGUGCUACAAUAUCGGACAGUAGAAACCAACCAGAAAGUUCGGAAAAUUGUCUGAAUCCUCCUUUGGCCACGACUGCCGACACAAGCAAGAAAACAAAGUAAAUACCGGAGACUCUGGAGGAAUAACGGGCGCUUAAAACGGAGGUAGACCGGACAAGAGCUAAAAAGCCGGGUCAACAUAAACCAUGGGGGACGCUUGGGGAUCUUGGUGACCCUGUAACCUUUCUGCUGGACAGGUAAACCGCUUUAACAAAGUAAGACAAGUGUCUGUAACAGAAGUGUUUCUUGUCAAACGGACCUGCUGUAGCGUGUUGUAGCGCCAUCGCUAAACUGUCCUCCCUCUGGUCCUGGACUAUGUCACUUUAUCCUCGUUGUAGAAGUCCUGCAAACAUUGUGUUUGCUGGUAGUCUGUUGGCAUCUACAGUAGCACCAAUGCUUUUGACUUUCACCUUGACUGGGCCCCAUUUGUAAUGAUCUGAAGUAUUUAUCUGCAUUAUAUCUGAAUUUAAUUGGAACAAUACGAGCGAGCAGGAGCGUCUGUUUGUGGGCGGGGCUUGAGGGAGGGGAGAGGAGGAGCUGAGGGGAAAACUGGUUGGGAGGGGUAGAGUUUACAUUCAAGAUUUCUCCUAAAAACUGGAACUAACUCAGAUCCUGACUACAACACCUUUAAAAGUCAAACAGCGUAGUUUUUGAAGUGUUUAAACCUCCACAGGGAUCUUUCUACUCCAUCUCCACAAACCUGUGAUUAAAAUUCUGAACUAGUCCUUUAACACACAAAGCAGUCAUCUGUUAGAGAGGACAUGACUCAUGUUAAGGUUUCUAGACAAAAGGCAAACCUCUGCGUUAAAAACAAGAUUGUAAAUCCUCCCAAAAAUCCCAUCAUGCCUCACAGUUUUAUCCAUGAUCAUGAUGAAGCAGUCUCUCGAUGAUACCGUGUUUUUUCAGUCUUUCUAAAGCUGGCGUUUCGUCGCGCUGAUAACAAACUCGGGUGUUUAAUUUUCCUGUUUGUCAUCCGGUUCAUUUGGAUUCCGGCUUUGCAUCCUAUCUGUGUGUGUGUGUGUGUGUGUGUGUGUGUGUGUGUGUGUGUGUGUGUGUCUGUCAGCUGUGUUUUGUGUUUGUUCAUCCUGCCUCAUCUGCAUUAGACAGACACGUUUGAUUUUCUGUUAUCCACCUUUUCCAUUCUUAAUCCUUUCAAACAUAGAUUUAAAAUUGGCAAAAUGUUGGAGUCGGUUGGAUGAUUGAUAAAUCCUGCGAACUGAACUGGACUUUGUACCUCGUCUUGAAGAGAUAGAGAGAUAAGACCUGCUAAAUAUCAGCAGAUAAGACGUGAUUUCUGAACACCCAUCAUCCAAAAACACAGGCAGCAAACUGAGAGUGUUUUCAGAGCCUUUCACCCUGAAUAGAUGUCUGCUGCAGCUUUAGGAGUGAGCCUGAGACAGAAUAAUGUGAUAUUAACUGACUCUGACGCUCCUUUACUGUGAGCUCCUAUCAUUUACCUGAGUUAAAGAGGUUACCACAGUCAAAGAGGAUCUCUGUCCUUAAAGGUUUCAUUAGACGCAGCUCUUCAUUCAUUAUCAUUCCUGACAGGUUAACUGUGUAUUCACUUGUGAAAUUAAAGUUUGUGUUGGACGUGAACAAGAAGACGUGAGAAUGUCAAGUGAGGAGGCUUUAGCAGAACCAGGACCAGGAUCAUGUUGAUGUUUUCGGUCUCUGAGAGGCUUUAGCAGAACCAGGACCAGGAUCAUGUUGAUGUUUUCGGUCUCUGAGAGGCUUUAGCAGAACCAGGACCAGGAUCAUGUUGAUGUUUUCGGUCUCUGAGAGGCUUUAGCAGAACCAGGACCAGGAUCAUGUUGAUGUUUUCAGUCUCUGAGCUUCAGUCAGUCGGACAGAUGACUGUGUUGUGGUUCUUCAUCAUCAAACAGUUCUUCUCCUGUGAUAUUUGGUCUUUGGUCCCACUGAAGACAAGAAAAGACACAUAACCUAAUGAUGUAAAAUGGAUUGACAGAGUACAGUGUUUUUAUCUAUUUGUUGUUGUAAAGUGACUCUUUGUCGUUUGUCUUCCUGUAGUGUUUCCACUUUGGUUGUUUUUUCUGUUUGUCUCUUUAAUGAUCUUUGUCUUUGUCUUUGCCUCUUUUUUUUGGUACUUGUUUUUAUACUUCACUGUUAAAGAAGUUUUGAUUUAUUUACGCCUGCCAUUUAAUUUCUCAGUUGUUUGCCUCUUAAAUAUCUUUUAUGUUUCUUUGUAGUUGUUUACUUGUGUUUUUGUCUGUCAGUAGUUAGUUUACUUUGUCCUUUUUUCGAGUUUUGUCUCUUUGUAGUUGUUUCCUUGCGUUUAUGUUUCUCUGAUGCUAAUUACUUUGUCUUUUUUUAACCUUUGUAGUUGUUUACUUGUGUUUAUGUUUCUUUGUAGUUGGUUUACUUAUCUUUUGGCCACUUUGUUUACUUGUGUUUUUGUCUCUCAGUAGUUAGUUUACUUUGUCCUUUUGUUGAGUUUGGUCUCUUGGUUGUUGGUUUACUUAUGUUUUAUGUUUCUUUGUAGUUGUUUUACUUGCGUUUAUGUUUCUAUGAUGCUAAUUACUUUGUCUUUUUUUCCCUUUGUAGUUGGUUUACUUAUCCUCUGGUCUCUUUGUAGUUGUUUACUUGUGUUUUUGUUUCUUUGUAGUUAAUAACUGUCUUUUUUUUCCCCUUUGUAGUUGGUUUACUUAUCUUUCGGUCACUUUGUUUCCUUGUGUUUUUGUCUCUCAGUAGUCAGUUUACUUUGUCCUUUUUUCGAGUUUUGUCUCUUUGUAGUUGUUUCCUUGCGUUUAUGUUUCUCUGAUGCUAAUUACUUUGUCUUUUUUUAACCUUUGUAGUUGUUUACUUGUGUUUAUGUUUCUUUGUAGUUGGUUUAUUUAUCUUUUGGUCACUUUGUUUCCUUGUGUUUUUGUCUCUCAGUAGUCAGUUUACUUUGUCCUUUUGUUAAGUUUUGUCUCUUUAAAGUUGUUUCAGUCAUUAUGUCUGUAUGUUUUGUAGUUUGUUUUCUGAAUCUCUUUUGUUGUUUGUUUAUGGUUUUGGGGGGUUUUGUUUUUCGUCUCUUGUUGUUUUCUCUCACAUGUUGCUUCUCAGUGCGUAGUUUCUCUCCCCGUUUUACUUCAUCAAAUUGUAAUCGUUAACCCUCUCAGCGGUCAUCUUCUCUUUGGGGUCACUUUGUUUCUUCAUUUGAUCAUUUUGUUUUUUGUGAGUUUUGAGAACUCUCGUUGUUUUGUUCAGUUGACCCUAAAAGUUUCAUUCAUCAUUUCUAAUUUGCCCGUCCAGCAGCUCAGUCAUAAACGUACAGAUGGAUCGUUUUGAGAUGGUCUUCAAUCACCUUUUACUUCUGGAGACAGUCUGUGUCCUAAUUUCAGCGUCACAGCGAUUAACUUCUGCAGCAGCAUGAGGCGCUUUAGCGAGGCUCUGGUAAAACAUUAACAGACUUCAACGGGGAAAAAUUACUCUGCAGUUUCACCGCAGCGGUUUAACAAGAGCGAGGUCAAAAUUACCACCCAGGCAUCGAAUCUGUUGACAGAAACUCUGAGGUUUUACAUAAACUCUCAGUUUUGUACGUAGUUGUUUAAACUACAAAGACCUCAUGACUUUGACCUUUGACCUUUGACCUCCCUUUGUUUUCAUCACUUAUCUCCUCAUCUUCAGUUCGGACUUUAGACACCUGUGAAGUAACUUAACGUCAGAGAUUGUGAAUGAUAAUGAUUUAGAUAACGUUAUAACUGGAGCUGAGGUUUGACUGAUGGGACUAUUUCAGUAAUGUUCAUUUUUUUAUUAUUUGAUAUUUAGAUUUUACUCCUUAUUAAGAAAAUUAACAAUUGUAACAAUCAGGAAACUUUUUUUGAUAAAGAUUUCAGAUUAUUUUGGUGUAAAAUCGUGUUUUUGGGAGUUUGAAUUCAAUCUUGAGUUUUAGAGAAUUACAGAAGAUAUUUGAUCAUUAAUUUGGCUCUGUGUUAUUUUAAAGUUAGUUUGUCUGUACCUGUGGGUUGAUGUGUUUUACAGUGAGACAAACAUCUUGAUUUUUGUCAGUCAAAUGUUUUAAUUAUAGUGAUUAUUUUUGUGUAGAAAUGGUAAAAACAGUUUUUUUUGACUCCCACCCCCCUCACACGUCUUUCAGGCAUUAAAUACAACAAUAUAAAAAUCAUCAGUGUUGAUGGUUUGGUUUUGGAGAUCCUGGAAAAGCAUCAGUAUGAGUUCCUGUUUAUUUCACAACAAAGAAAAAACUCCUCACUGGAGCUUUAAUUAAUUCAUGAAAUAGAAAAAAAAACAGUUUUACUAAAGAUUUCAGGCUGUAAGUAAUAAAUCUGAGUCAGUACAAAAAUUACAUUAUGUGUUAAUACAGGGGAUGUCCCUAUAUAACUAUUUUACCUCCAAUACGAUACCGAUAAUGUAGCCGUCAAUAUUAGCCGAUACCAAUAUUGAUCCCAUAUUUGCACAAACUUGUGCAUGACGAGUUUCUCACUCAGCUGUAAUGUCUUUUUCAGACUUAAAUAUAAGAUAGUGCCACAGGGCCGACAUCACUCCUACUCCUCUCUACUUUGUUUGUACUUUAGUAAACUCUAAAGUUGUGAUUAUGUGGGCUCUGCAUGCCGGAUCCGGAUGCCGGAGCGGAGUCUGGAAUGGACUUCUUGUAUCAGAGUGCUGAUAUCUGAGAUUUUAGAUGCAGGCCGAUAUAAUCCGAUAUUCAUUUUUUUUGCUGAUAUCAGACCGAUAUCCAGUAUUGAUAUCGUAUCGGGACACCCCUAGGUAAUACACAUUAUAAUUGAGUUUAUGAAGAGAAGGUUGAAAACUGCCAAGAGUAAAAAAGAUGAAGACAAACAGACAGAAAGGUGCAAAGAUCCAUCAUUAAAUCCUCUUUUAUAUUUACUCUCCUGUUUUCUGCCCUCCUUUUCUAUUUCAUUUCUUCUUCUUUCCUAUUUUAUGUUUUUAUUUUGGUCCUCAUGGUCUCAGUUUAUGUUGUCUGGGUUUCUUAUGAAAAAUGAGUUUGUCCUUCAGUUUGGAGGUUUUUGACGGAGCUUUUGUUUUUGUUUGUUUUUAUUUCCAUGUGCUGAUUUCUGUGCUCAGCACCUGUUUGUCAAAGCACUUUGUAAACUUCUGUUUUUAAAAGUGCUCUAAAAAUAAAGUUAUUAUUAUUAUUAAAUAGUCAAUAAAGACCACGCUCCGGCUCCAUCAUCUGUGCUGUGCCGCUGUGGAUCGUUGUCCUAAUUAAUUGAUCAUUUGAAACCAAUCAGCAGAUAAUGAAAUGAGUGUUUGCUGAAACAAAGUCAUCAUCUCAUCAGCUCUUGUGCUAAUCAAUAGGAUUGGAUUGUACUUUGUCUGCUGACACGGUUUAAUCUGGGUAAUGAACAUGACAUUUAUCCUGGAGUCAUAUAUUCACAUUAUCUGCUGAAGAACAACUUCAUCUGUUUUAAUGUAAUUUUCUGUAACGUGCACUUUCACCGUGAACUGUAUGACGUCGGAGUGGGAAUGAGAAGAACAACAAAAAACAAAAUAUAAAAUAUACAACAUUAACGUUUUCGAGCUGCAGGAUAAACAGUCUGAAACUGAGCGGUCGACGGCGAGCGUAAGCCUCCUGAUAUCUGCGUGUUGUUGAGUGUAAGCAGAGAGGUGAUUAUAUUCAGGAACACUGUGUGUGUAUUAGAAACAGGGUCUGCAGCUUAUAACCAUAUUUAUAACUCGGUGUUUACCCUCUUCUCUGCUUAUCUCCACUCACAGUGCAUGAGGAGCCCAACUCUGCUGCAGACCCACACAGCCUGAAGCCAUCCUGCCAAAUCCGGGACCAUGUCUGGAGCUUACGACGAGUCCGCCAGCCAGGAGGAGACCACGGACAGCUUCUGGGAGGUGAGACAGUUCAGCUCAGACAGAUUAAACAGAAGAGAGGACAGAGACUGCUGUGGUGAUGAACUCUCACUGAACCUGCGCCUCGUCUUCUACGUCUACGGCAGACGGGAGAGCUGUGUGUGUGUGUGUGUGUGUGUGUGUGUGUGUGUGUGUGGGCACAGAUUCAGAGAUGAUUGAUCGAUUAUAUUUGUCGUCAGCUUCAUUAGCCAGCAUCGAUUUACACUCUCGGAUUGAUAACAGCUACGUUUCAGUGAUUAAACAUGAUAAAUCUGGUGUUAUGUAACGACUACAACAUGUGAAAUAAUUAAAAACAUCUUAUUUUAAACUCAGGAGCUCUUCCCUCAUUCUCACUAAGAUUAGCCUCCAGUUUUCAUCCUUUAAAGUCGCACUCUCGGAGCGCUGAUGUUUUCUAGUCACCUGUGAUUUCGCUCGUAUUAAAGAUAAAACCACAUGCAGCGUUUAUCACAGUUUUGUAAAAGUCACAUGGACGGUGUCGAGACGGUCACGUUACUUCUUGCUGACGUUUGAAGGAAACUUUGCAAAGUCUGUGUAAUUCAAUGCGAUGCUGAUCAAACUCGUUUUGCAUCUCUCCUACCUAAAACUGCAGUUUCAGUCGUUCUUGUCGGGUUAUUUUUUAAAGUGUGUAAAAAUAACACAAAAGCUCAGGACACACACUUUUAGUCUUCUCUCUGAGAUCAUGCAGCAGCAGACACAGCCCUUCAGGUCUGACUCUUUAAACUUAAAGCUUCUGCGUCAUCAGACUCUUGAACUUGUAAAAGGCGAGUUUCCCUCCUGUCUCUGACUCUGAUAUGACAAGACUUUCAUAUUAGCCCCUCCAGCGUUGACUUAUUCUCACAUCAUUAGGUCUUAUGUUCUCUAAUUUUGAAAAGAAAAAAAAAGCCAAAACUGUUAGGGAUGUUUGUUGGGUUUCUUGGCUUUUGCAUUUCAUAUUUAUUGCCCAUUUCAAUAGCCCACGUUCUUUGUAUCUCAUUUUUAUCUCUUAGGAUGUUUAGUGUAUUUAGUCUGUAUUUAUUGUAUAUACUUAGUAUUUUUAGUCUGUCUAUCUAUCUAUCUAUCUAUCUAUCUAUCUAUCUAUCUAUCUAUCUAUCUAUCUAUCUAUCUAUCUAUCUAUCUAUCUAUCUAUCUAUCUAUCUAUCUAUCUAUCUAUCUAUCUAUCUGAGGACAGACUGCAGUUCUUAUUCUAUUCUCUGCACUUAUUUUAUUUUAUUUAUUUUUGUAACCAAAACCAGAAAUUAGAUUGGUUUCAUUGUCAUAUUCAGGUUAAACAUUGUCAAUAAUGCAUUGAAAUGCCCUGGAGGAGAAGGACCGCAGAAGUACAAAUAACACACAACAAGUACGGAGAAGAAUACAAUAGAAUAAAGAUUCAAAAAUGUAAAAAAGUAUAAAACAAAUAUUUACAAAGUGCGAAAGAAAUGCAGCAGCUGCUGUCAGAGUGAACGUGUGCAGUGGGGGAUAAAUCAGAGGGAUUAAUGAGGUGUGAAUUAUUGUAUUGCACAUGAUAUUAUCGCACUUCUGCGAUUAUUCUCCGAUUACUUUAACAAAGUGCUCACAAUAAUCACAGCUGCAGGAGAAAAGACGAACAUCUUUCACGUGAAUCUGAAGUUUUUUUUAAAACCUUUAUUUAACCGGGUAAAACCUCAUCGAGAUCAUGAUCUCAUUUACAAGAACGACCCGGGCUGAGAGGUCAGCAGCACACGUCGUAAUAAAUUCAAGAAAAACAAACUGGAGCAAUAAAUAACAAGAAAUAGAUAUUCUACAAACAAAUUCAACAAUAAACUUUGGGACAGUUACGGUUUAAAAACACAGAUAUUGUUACUGAAUGAUUAUAGACAAUAGUGUCUCUGUAACAGUUGAGUUUGAUGAAUAUUUGAUGUCCUGUUUGAGCUCCAGGUUUCUGAGCCCUCUGAUGGUUUUUUCUGAUUACAUCACCGACACCCUGAGAACAAACAGUCCAAGUAAUUUGAGCAACAAGUUCCCAGAAGUCUCUACAUUAUAUAUGAGAGCUGCUAAGUGUUCAACUACAGAGAACACACACGCUCACAUUACUGCGUCUUUGAGCACAGACCACAUGACUCGGUCUCAUCGUGUCGUCGUUCAGGGUUUAUCAUCAAUCCUCUCCUCAGACUCGGCUGCUUUUAUUCUCAUGGCGUCCCUCCUGCUCAGGAAUCAGCUGUAGCAGCAGAGGUGUCUGUCUCCAGCCCUCCUCUCCUCCUCCUCCUCCUCCUCCUCCUCCUCCUCCUCCAUCAGUGCUGCAGUGCUGAUCGCUGACUCGGCUGGCUGCAGACAGAGGGCUGGUGUGGAAUACAUCCCUCCUCCCUCCUGGCUGCUGCUUUCAUUACAGCCACACUUGAGAUUCACUGAGUGUCAUUUUCAGGUUGAGGUGUCUGUAAAUGUCAGUCACAGGUUCGGUAAAGAUGCAGCCCCUUUCUCUCCGUCUUAAAGUCGUGAAACAAACGUGCUGAGCUGUGAUCUUAGCCGCCUCCUCGUUCUUAUUCUGUCUCAGAGAAGCUCGCCGCUCUCAGGGAGGGUGCUGCUCCUGCGUCCACAGAGAGUUUUAAAUUAUACGCCAUUAACCCAGCCUCUGCUUUCAUUGCAUAACUACACACACACUCACACACGCACGCACGCACACACACACACACACACACACACACACACACGCUGGUUCCUGUUUUCUACUCAGUGCAUCACCUUAAAUCUAGAAGAGGAGCUCCUUCAGACAUCCUCAGAGAUCCGUGUAGGAAUAAAGUAAACAGUACUUUUUUUUUGGCCACAGAAAACAGUAAAAAGACUUUUUUAUUUAUAACGCAGUAACUUAGGGCUGGGCGAUGAACCAAAAAUUUACUGAUACCAAAAUUUAUGACAAUAACAGACGUUAUUUUGCUCAUAUCGACAUAUUCGGUUCAAAAAAAACUUCUUUCCGUUCCUCUGAGGAUCGCCGGACUCCUCAGCUGAUCACAAGAGUUCUAGUUUUUCUGGACGCCGGAGCAUGGCGGAUAAAUUCAGCACAGAUUAACCCGUGCUGGAAAGGAAGUCGGGCACAGACACAAAAUAAAACAUCCGGCUUCUUUUCAAAAUAAAACACUCCGUGUUUCAGGAGGAUCGUAUUUCACACCAUGCAAACGGGCGGAGACGAACAAGUGAAAGGUUUUAAGACGUCAUUUCACCCUGAUGACACCAUGGAUGAGGAGAUGCUGAUUCUAGAAGUCUAGAAGUAGAUUUCCUCCUCUGGAAGGACACAAUCUACUGCUUAUAUGUCUAUGUGUCUGUCUUUAUAGAGACGACUCGUUAUCGUGUGAUUGAACGUGAAUCUGGGGGUUCUUUAUAAGUUUGCAUGAUUCCUGCUGUCCGAAAUCUGCCACAAAAUUCGCCUCACAAACAGAUCUGGUAGGAAUCGGCGGACAGGGAAAAUUGAUGGAUGCGGUGGAAAUUGGGGGCAAAACGCUGUCCUACAUCAGAGACGUGACUCCGCCCCAUCCAGUCUGUAACAAAGAGGGAAAGACAGGUGAGGAGAUGGAGGACGGUUCAAAAGUUGGAGCGGCUGAAGUAGACGAAGUUAAUGUGGGAGGGGGUGAGCAGCUGGUGGAGUAGUUAUUGUCUAUUUAUUGUUAUCGAGGUGAACUGAUCAAUAUAUCGUGAUUUGAGCCCUACUGUCUAGUCUGCCGUCAAAAUUUGAACUACAGACAUGAACCUUUUCAAAAAGUAUGACUAAGUUUUUGUUCCUUAAGUGGAACCGAAAAGGGGAAUUUUGGACUGAAAACGUUCAGGUUCACUAAAACUAGACAAAGUUAGGUUUCCUGAGUCAGACUUUCCUGCAGUGACGGGAAGAAUCUCACAUUCAUAAAGGUCAAAGGUUGGGUUGGGCUUUUCAAACUUGAUACUGUAUUUCUUUAAGGACAGAAAAAUAGGAAUAGUUACUUCUUUUUUCUUACUUCUUUAGCUCUUUAGUACAAACUUAUCAUGAUAUUGAUUUGAGGCCGUAUCGCCCAGCCCUAUAAUAACCGGACUCAUGCAGAGCUAAGCUCACAGUGGCUGGCCGAGUCCCCACAUAGAUAUAAAAGUGAUAUCGACCCUCACACACUCUUAAGUAAGACAGUCUCUCGUUUAUAGACCUGUAACGUUGAUGUAUUCCUUUAAUGUAUUUGAUUGGAUGACAUUAUUACCUGACCCCUUACCUAUGGCAGAACUCUCUGUGGUUAAUGGAUUCCUCCUCCUGUCUCUUACAUCAAAAGCAGUAACCUGAGAUCUUGUUUUUGUAGGUCGGGAAUUACAAGCGGACGGUGAAGAGGAUCGACGACGGUCACCGGCUCUGCAAUGACCUGAUGAACUGCAUCCAGGAGCGCGCCAAGAUCGAGAAAGCCUACGCCCAGCAGCUGACCGAGUGGUCCAAGAGGUGGAGGCAGCUGGUGGACAAAGGUGAGGGCUGUUCCCCGUCAUUAACAUUUUUAAACGAUGAUAAAACCGUCUGAUCCGGUUUGAUUUACUCCGUCUUCUCCACCAGGACCUCAGUACGGCACGGUCGAGCGAGCGUGGACGGCGUUAAUGACUGAGGCGGAGAAGGUGAGCGAGCUCCACCAGGACGUGAAAAACCACCUGAUCAACGAGGACUUUGAGAAGGUGAAGAACUGGCAGAAAGACUCGUACCACAAACAGAUGAUGGGAGGAUUCAAGGAAACCAAAGAGGCCGAGGAGGGCUUCAAGAAGGCCCAGAAACCCUGGGCCAAGAAGCUGAAGGAGGUGAGGAAGAGUGUGUGUGUGUGUGUGUUCGGUGUGUGUGUGUGUGUGUGUGUGUGUGUGUGUGUGUGUGUGUGUGUGUGUGUGUGUGUGUGUGUGUGUGUGCGCUGUUGUGGUUUUCAGCUCAAUUAAUCAGCGUUUUCCCACCAUGAGGACAACUUUGACAACACUUAGAGUGUACAGUACAGGCCAAAAGUUUGGACACACCUUCUCAUUCAAUGUCUUUUUCUUUUCUUUAUUUUUUUAUAUGACUAUUUACAUUGUAGAUUAUCACUGAAGGCAUCAAAACUAUGAAUGAACACAUGUAGAAUUUUGUACUUAUAAAAAAGUGUGAAAUAACUGAAAACAUGUUUUAUAUUCUAGUUUCUUUAAAAUAGCCACCCUUUGCUCUCGAUGACAGAAGUACCUUGUCAGGGUUACUUCAGGCACUCCUGUGAAGUAAAAACCAUUUCAGGUGACUACCUCAUGAAGCUCAUUGAGAGAACAGCAAAAGUUUGCAGCGCUAUCAAAAAAGCAAAGGGUGGCUACUUUGAGAAAUCUAAAAUAUAAAACAUGUUUUCAGUUAUUUCACACUUUUUUCUUAAGCACAUGAUUCCACAUGUGUUCAUUCAUAGUUUUGAGAAUCUACAAUUUAAAUAGUAAUGAAAACAAAGAAAAUGCAUUGAAUGAGAAGGUGUGUCCAAACUUUUGGCCUGUACUGUAUAUCAUAAAAAAAAGGCUCUUUUAAGGUCAUGUUGUCUCAGUUUUCAUCAUUUUUAGACUAAAAUGAUUUUCAUUUUGACUCUUUAUUGAACUGUGAGGAUUUGUUUCUUUUAUUUGACGGGAACUUCUUUCUCUCUGUUUUCCAUAAGAAGCUGUUUAAAGCUGCUGAGAGGAAUUUUCAUCUUAGAGCGUCUGACGUUCAGUUUAUUUCUUGGAUAUCAAGAAAAUUCCCCAUUUACUUCUGUAUCACCAUUUACAGAAGCUAAAACUCAAAAGAAAAGAUGCAGCCCUGAUGGAUUUAAGCGCUAUGGAAGAGGAUUAAGGCCACAGGAAAAAAAAAGGUCCAGUAUAAUUUUUAGAAUUAUUAUUCUGAGAAAAAAGUCAGAAUUUUGACUUUUUUUCUCAAAAUAAAUCUGAGCUUUUUUUUUCUUCCUGUGGCCCUAAUCCUCUUCCGUAUAAGUCCAUCGAUGACGAGCGGUGAAAUGUAAACGUACGUGUGACUUUAAUGAGUUCAGACUCUCUAACUCAGUUUGUCCUUUUAGCUGGAGGCCGCCAAGAAGUCCUUCCACAUGGCGUGUAAAGAGGAGAAGCUGGCGUCGACCAGAGAAGCCAACAGUAAGGGAGAAGCCUCAGUGACGGCCGACCAGCAGAAGAAACUCCAGGAGAAGGUGGACAAGUGCAAACAGGACUCGCAGAAGGUGAGGCAGGACAGGUCGUGAUCCUCCGAAGUUGGUUUAAGGUUGUCACGGCUGAAGUCGGUGUGGCGUUGGUAGAUGUACACGUGACAGGCUCCUCCCUUCUCUGAGGACUCCUGAACUUUAAGACUUUCAUUUUCACUUUUAUCACAUUUUUAUUAAAGAAGUGAGUCAAGUGUCAUAAAAGCGUCAGUCAGAUAUAUCGAUUGAUUGAUUGAUUGAUUGAAACUUUUAUGAACGUGUCAUGCACAGGAAGUGCCCAGCCUGAGUGAGUUUACAGGACGCCAAAAGGAAAGAAACAUAUUCAAUAAAACCAGAACGUUAAUCUUUUCUGAUGUUUUUUUCAGGCUUUAAAGACAUUAAAGUUAAACAGUCGGUUCAUUCUAACAUCAUCAGAACAUUUCUGGGUUUUUAACAGACAUUUCAGUGAAUUAUAAAGAUCUCAGCUCAUCAUAUAAGGGCGAUAUAACAGAAAAUGUGACUCACUUUUCACUGCAUUCAGACCACAUAGUUCACACAGCCUGUCAUCUUCAGGACUGGUUUUAAGUCUGCCGACAGGACGGAUUCCUGUUCUCAGCUGAGCCAUUAAAGACCGCUGAUUUAUUGAGAGGUUUGCUUUAACAGAAGCUUCAGAGCCGUAACUGUGCUUCAUCUGGACGUAUGUUUGUAAUUGAGCUUUAACAAAAUAUCAUUUGACCAUUUUGUCUCAAACUGAUUAAAUAACCUCUCUCUAAUCGAAGUUAUUGAGCAGGUUCUCUUCUCCGUCCUUUUCUUUUCUGCUCCUGAAGGAUUUGUCCUUUUUUACGACAUUGUUUUGUUCCAGAACUACCUUUAGAUGCUCAGUUCACAUUUCACAGCAGGGGGCUCAGAACGGUAGCGGAGCUUUGACAUUUAUCAGCUGUAAGAAUCACAGGCCGACAUCAGCACGGAAAUGUUUUUACUUUAUUUCAUUUUCACAAUAAUAAAUAUUUGAUCGUACAGAAAGAAUCAUUCAUACAUGCAAAAAAUAAAAAAAUAUUUAAUAUAUAUUUUCUGAUUGCUCUUGGGGGCCCCCUACUGGCCAUGGGGCCCUAAGCAGGCGCUUAGUUCGCUUAUUCCUUGGGCCGCUUCUGCGUAUACUGUAGUCUCCUGGCAUAUUAAGAAAAUGAUUCCACAAUCUAAUCAUCUCACAUUUACGUCUUUACGAACCAGGAAGCCGACCCAGAGCGGACAGAACCGGAACAAGUUUAUGAACAUCUAAGAAACAGCGAACAGCUCUGUUCUCUAUAGAUUCGUCCGUCUUAGAUUCCUUAAAUCCACAACAUCGAUCUUCGUGUGUUUCAGGCUGUUUCUGACUCUCCGUGUGUUUGUAACUCAGGCGAAGGAGAAGUACGAGAAGGCUCUGGACGAGCUGAGUAAGUGUACUCCAGGGUACAUGGAGAACAUGGAGCAGGUGUUCGACCAGUGCCAGCAGUUUGAGGAGAAGAGGCUGAGCUUCCUGCGGGAGGUGCUGCUGGAUGUCAAACGCCACCUCAACCUGACCGAAGACCAAAGGUUCGAGACUUGACUUUAGAGGAAGUAUCCGUUUGAAAUGACCCCGACACUAACCCUCUGCUGUUCCUUCACAGUUACGCUACAGUCUACAGAGAACUCGAACGCACCAUCACAUCAGCCAGUGCGCAGGAAGAUCUGAAGUGGUUCAGCAACACUCACGGUCCCGGCAUGCACAUGAACUGGCCUCAGUUUGAGGUACGAGAUCCAAGAUCAGAGAUCACGUCCGUCCAUUAAAGGAAAACUUUCACCUUUUGGGAAAUAUUGACACUCUAGUGAAGAUGAAAUCAGAAAUAUGAUCAUAGACGUGUUUAUUUUUGUCCUGAAAACCAGAGUAUUGGCAGGACCAGUUUGACUCAGGUCUCAGAGACUCAGUGUUUCUCUGUAUUUCCUGUUUUGCAGGAAUACAACCCGGACCUUUCCCAUAAGAUCUCCAACAAAGAGAAGUCAAAGAAAAACAGCGAGGGAGUCACGCUGACCCACGUUACGACGGCGGUAGAGCACGCUCAGGCUGAAGACCGAGGAAGGUGAGGUUAACCCGUCUGUUCGGUGGUACUGAUCGCUUUGAAAACAUCCGUAAUUAUGAUGGUUAACGGGAAUUAAAACAUUGUAAUAAAACGACAAAACAUCUGGGUGUUUAGUGUCAGCAGCUACGAGAAGAACCAGGCGUACACGGGCUCCACGGAGUGGUCGGACGAGGACCAGACGGCCCUGAACUCAGGCAACGACACCAACGGAGGGACGAACCCGUUUGACGAAGAGGAGGGUAAAGGUGUGAGGGUGAGGGCGCUGUACGACUACCAAGGCCAGGAGCAGGACGAGCUCAGCUUCAAAGUAGGUGAGUGAGAAAUGAUCCGCCGACUCCACGCAGAACCCGGUUUACAACAGUACUCAGAACCUCCACAAACGGACCUCUAAUGUCUGACUUCCUUCACUCAGGGGACGAACUGACGAAGCUGGAGGACGAGGACGAACAGGGCUGGUGUAAAGGUCGCCUCGACAGCGGCCAGCUGGGUCUGUACCCGGCCAAUUACGUGGAGCCGAUUUAACUCGACCAGCUGAGGGCGCUCUCAUCGUCGGAGGGAAAAACCCGAACUGAACCGUCCAGUCACAUAAACCGCACAUUGCCAGAGACUGAAAAGCAAAGCUUCCUCUUCCUGUCGGGGCACGGCGAGCGCUCUCCAUCUCAGCACUCAUCCCAGAGACACGAGACCCAAAACCCGAGAUCUGUUCAGGAUCACGUCAUCUCCAAACACCGGAACGAAAUCUCUGUUGGUGUGUAGCUGUGUUUGAUUUCAGACGUGUGCCAUUCAGUCUGUCCUCGUCUCUAUAUCCACGUGGUUUCCUCUGUUGUGCCUGGAUAGCCUGACCCAGCUAUGCAUUGUGCAUUUCAUGUAUAUAUUUUCAUCUUUUUUACCGUCUGGAUGCCUGUACAGUCGUUUUCUCAUGGAACAGUGUUUUCUUUGUGAAAUAUUUACAUGUUUAGCAUCACAGGGAUAGUCUGACUUUGGGGUAAAUGUGCUUUUCUUUAAGAAUAAUAAGAGUUUUAUAAAGAGUGAGACGGGAGGAUGUGAAGAGUAUAAAACUACAGCCAGGACCGGGUUAGCUCAGCUGGCAAAGAAAUAAAAGAGACGAAAUGAUAGAGCUGAAGAAACGGACCAGAAGAUGUCAGUAUUUCAGUAUAGAUAGGACGCUAAAGAAGGUUAGUUUGUCCUCAACAACAACAUCAUGUCUUUUUUAUGCUAAGCUAAGCUAAUCCACAGCUGGCUGUAGUUUUAACCUCAUCACAAAACUAAAGAGAAGUAUUGAUCGCUCAUCUCGCUCUUUAAAGACGACAUAUUUUCUGUCCUGUUGAACUUUAUCUUCAUCACUCUCCGUUGUUUUCCUCCUGAACUUCUCAGAACGUCACAAAACGACCCAGUUUCACAGCAGCGACUUAAAGCUCCUGUCAGGAGUUUUUUCACUUUUAUGAAACAGGCGGAAAAUAACACCGAUGUUGUUUUUUAUGACGUACAAAAACAGAAAAGAUCAUCAGAAACAAAACGGACAGUUUUUAUCCUCCGAGUUUCACCACCAGCCUUCGGUCCACAUACCUGUGCUGAUCCUGACCUCUGGGCUUGUUUACAUCCAGGUACUUGAGGAUUAAAGCUUCAUGGGGGUGGAGCUAACCAGUAAUUCUGGUGUAGACAAGUUACCCCCGAUCUCCACCUUCAUCCUGAUCGUCUCCUAAAAGGUCGUAUCCUCCGAUCGUAGCUGAUCGUAACCAUUCAAGUUAACGUGUCAAUUUACACCGACUUCUUUCCGUUCCUCUGCCGAUCGCCGGACUCCUCAGCUGAUCACAAGAGUUCUAUUUUUUCCGGACGCCGGAGCAUGGCGGAUAAAUUCAGCACAGAUUAACCCGUGCUGGAAAGGAAGUCGGGCACAGACACAAAAUAAAACAUCCGGCUUCUUUUCAAAAUAAAACACAACCUUUCAUUUGUUCGGACGGAGACGAACAAGUGAAAGGUUUUUAGACGUCAUUUCACCCCGAUGACACCAUGGAUGAGGAGAUGCUGAUUCUAGAAGUCUAGAAGUAGAUUUCCUCCUCUGGAAGGACACAAUCUACUGCUUAUAUGUCUAUGUGUCUGUCUGUAUAGGGACAACUCGUUAUCGCGUGAUUGAACGUGAAUCUGCAGGUUCUUGUGAGUUCUCGUGAUUCCCGCUGUCCCUAAUCCACCACGAAAUUUGCCUCACAAAUUGAUCCAGUGGGAAUCGGCGGACGGUGAAAAUCGUUACCCAGAUGCGGUGAAAAUUGGGGGUUGUGCACGUCUUUACAUGGCAUCAAUUUCCAACUACAGUUACUAGACUGCAGAUGUAUUCUGUACAUUAUUCAGCACAAAGAGGGACAAAGUCUAAUGGGUUUGUUGGUCGGGGUAAACAAAGAGGUCUUACAAACCGGACUUUGAGCGGGAAGCCGAAGUUUGUCAUGUCCAUUUAAGGUCAUAAAUCAAAGUUCAUCCAUUAUUUUACCUCCAUUAUCUACAUGUGUUUUCUGAUUCCUGUACCUGAAGAAGAAACAAGAGAAACCUCUGACAGAGACAGGAUUGACGUUUAGUCUCAAACAGCAGAGACUCUUGAAGGACGGCUCCUGCCAUCAGGUUUAUUUCACCACCGUUUACUACCGCAGUCCUGCAGAGUGACUCACAGCAGGGAGGACGUAGAGCCGCUCUGGUUUCCCUUUGAAUCAUCUCAUAUACAUAAAAGUGUAGAUUAUAAUUCUGCUGCUAUUUUAGACUCGGCUGCUCUGAGACUGGGUUGUCCUGCAUUAGCAUUUAAAACGAGAUCUUAGCUGAGCUCCUCUUUGAAAUGGAAAUCUGUACUCUCCCAAAAUAAGGAUUGUUUACAUCAGCCUCCGCUGUCCGACCUCUCACCUGUCAGUGCGUUUCUGUCUUUAUGUGCUAACUGAGCGUGUGCAGAAGCCACGAACAAAACCCGCCUUUGUGUGGAGACGAGCCUCAUUUCACUACUCCUGUAUAAUUUGAUUAUUUCUCCACAUUUCUGCAGUUAAUGAAGCUCCUGGUUUACUCGGUGUGAAUGUCAGUGACUCAGCGUUUUCUUCUCUCCGUGAUUAUGUGCAUGCUAAUGCUCCACACACUGUUCACCGCUCCGAUCUGAACUGAUCCAGUGCAUGGCCUAAAUUUAUCCCACCAAACUAUCAACUCUUUCUUUAUCGAAUCAAAUAUCUUAUUGUAUUUAUUAUAAUUGGUAACAUAGACACUCAUGAUUGCAGGGCUGCCAAGUUUCAGGAAAUGACCAGAGUGAAGCUUUAACGUUUUGAUGUGUUCGACUUUUUUAACGUCGAUUUAUAUCCUCAGACUGACGUCCUCACCUCCACGUCAGCUGCUCUCCCUAAUGAUCGUCUUAAUUAUCCAGAAAUUAGAAAUAAAAAUUGUAACAAGAAUUAAAAAAUAUAUAUUUAUUUGUCAAUACUGCAUUAUGUCGAGUUGGUUUUAAAUGUCGGUGCUGUUGUAAAGACAUUUUUAAAAAAAAACGUUUCAGUUACCAAGUCAGAAAAAAGCAAAAUCAGAGGCGGAAACAAGAUCUAUGAAAGUUAUUUUAGAGCUUACCUUGUCCGAAUAUAAGGCAUGCACUAAAGUAACUUUUGUAGACGUAGGGCGAUUUUGUUUUUUUCUGAAUUAGGCUACAUUCUCACUGCAGGUCAAUUCUGAUGUUUUAACCAUCUGUGACUCAUAUCUGAUGUUUUCAUCUAAGUGUGAACAGGUCAGUUCUGAUUGGUUCUGAUCCGACCCAGGCCUCUUCUGUAUGUGGAUAUAAAUCAGAUAUGUAUCUGAUGUGACUGCAGUGUGGACGCUCAGGUCGCGUUCAUCCGACCUUUACGUCAUCAAUAUGCGACAAACGUCACCAUUGUUCGACGACACAAACAGGUGCUUUGUGAGCAUGCGGGUCACUUCACGGACACAUUCUGUUCGCAUUAGAUGAUUGUUGUUGUAAUGUGAACGACCGCAGAGAAAGAUCGGAUUUAACAAAAAAAUCCGAAUCGUGCAUCAGAACCUGCAGAGUGAACGUAGCCUUAGUAACUGAAACGCUGGGAACUCUGGUGUGACGUCAUUUUCAGCGCCAACAUCUGACUUCUGACGUAACUCGAACGCAGCAUCGGCACAAAGGACUUAUGGAUCGGUCUGGGAUUGGUUAUCUCGGUCAGUCAAUCAGAGUUACUCGAACUACGGCGAGCCGAGUUUAUUAUCAUGAACAAAAUAAAUACAGAGUAUUGACCGGGAAAAAUAAGCGUGAGAAAUGUCAAGUGUGGCGUGUGAGAGUGGGUCAAAUUGCGUGACUGUCACACUCAAAGCGUGAGACUUGGCAGCUCUGUGAUUGGUCUGUUUUACCGUGAACCACGCUGCGUUGAGUAUCGGCUAAAGUUCAGUGUUUGAGUUUUAAUCCUAAAAGUUGAAAUCAGAUGAAGUUUGUCAGUCGGGUUUCUGUUAAAUGAGAUUGGUUCAUUCCUCCUGCUGACCACAGGUGUUGGUGAAAACUACACCCUUUUGUUGUGGAGGAUGGGUGGUGUUCUCUUACUGACGCAGACAGAGAAAGCUGCACAAGAAGAAGAAGAAGAAAGAGGAUCUGUCGCUGAAAUAUUGAUGAGACUGUUGCCUUUUUCUGCUGCAGGAACAGAAGCUCGUUUUUUAAAACCCACCGAGGAGCUGUCGCCUGUGCCGUGUUUACGCUUCUGUAUGCUUUUUCAAAAACUGCCGCUCCUUGUAUAAACACUGGAAUUUCACAGAAGGGUGAAAUGAAUAUUGCCUUAUCAAAUCUAUCACCCCGACACCCUGAAGACUCUGAGGGUUCAGCUGCAGAGAGAGCACAGAUGAAUCCACCGCCGGCUUAUCCAGCUCGGUUUACGCUGACACGAAACACUGGCUCCCUUUGUUCCAGUGAAGGCCGUACGAAUUAAAGUGGAGUGUCUUUGAGCUGAACCACGGCUGUUCAGAGAGUGUAAAGGUACAACCACUGUGAAAACGCCUGUCAUAACACUGAAGGAUCAUGGGAAAACUCAUCUCAAGAGAAACUGCUAAAGUGCUUCUCCCGUUUCUGAAAAGUUGGAUCUGCAAUGUUGGGGGAAAACUUUGUGGAAGACUGGAGGGCUUCUCUCUUUUCUUUUUAGCAUAGUGCUGUACUUUCAAAACUGUAGUGCCUGUUCAUCUGCAUAAGCGAAAAUAAAAGAUGUCAUCAGAAAACACACACGUGAGACUCUGUGAGACUCUGCCUACUUCUACAAAAUCUAUCUAUAAUAAUGAUAAUAAUAACUUUAUUUGUAUAGCACAAAAUCAGAAGUUUACAAAGUGCUUUGACGUGUAGUCGUAGAGUACAUGGAAAAAUGCUCAGUAAAAACGGAAUUGAGGGUCAUUUUCAUUUUUCAUAAGGAACCCAGACAAAACAAGAACAAUGCAACAUAAAAUGAGACCAAGAGGACCAAAAUAAAAACAUCAAAUAGUGAAGAAAAAAGGAAAAUGCAGAGGGACAAAGUGGAAACAGGAUAGUAAAUAUAAAAGGCAAUAUCAACAAUGAUAUUGAAAUAAUAACUGGUAAUCCUGAUAAUAAAAGUAAUGAUAAAAUAGCAAUAGAAAUGAGCAAGAGAUAAAACAAUAAAAGGCCUAAAAGGUUAAUUAAGAAAAAAGUACAAGUAUGACAAAAGCUAAAAAAGACAGUAAAUAAGAAAUAAGAUAAAAGAGGUAAAAGAGAUGACUGAUAAAAGAUAAAUCUAUAUCUAUACAAAUAUCCAUAAAUAAAUUAGCUUAAUAUUGAUUUUCCACUUUUUUAUCAGUUUUCUCAGAAGCUUAAUAAAGGUUAAGUUGACAGUUUUUAUCUUCAAACUCAUUCUCUUGAGCGGCCACUAGAGGUCAGUAGUGACCAGAUUCAGCGGCUCGUCUGUCAGCCUUGAAGAUGAGCUGUCCUAUUAAUUAUCAGUUAACAAAAACCACAAUCAUUCAGUGUCAACCACUUCACAGCUCACACCUGCUGCCAGUUAAUGAACCUGCUGCUGCUGCCAAUAAAAAUCCCACAAUGGGAAAGAAUUCAGAGCCACAAAUACGACUGAACAAACACGGCUGACUUCAGGUCUGAUGGUUUUUAUUAAAGGAACCUGAAGGUGGAAAACUCUCAGACCUUUUCCAGUUUAUUCAGAUUGUUCCGUUUUUGUCAUACCUGAAUUUUUUUGAUCCAGUAGAGACCUCAAACGAUGACUUCUAAUGGAGGGUGAUGUUAAAGAGAACCAAUAUUUUAUCAGUUACAAAACUGCUAUUUGUUUGAUUGAUUGAUAGACUUGGUGGUUGGCUGAUGCAAAUAUUUCUUUAUCAAAUAGACUAUUUGCCUAACACAGAUAGAUAUCUAUGAGGCAAGAGCUUUCAUAAACACCACAUGAAGUAUGUUUUAUAUCUUGACUGUGUUAAUUUACCUUUUAAAGCACAUCUUUCAGUGACAACUUAGACGAGUUUAUUUAAACCGUUUAUUUCUACAACAGAGCAGUUUCAAAUAUUUCACACAAGAUAUUAGAAAAAAAUCCCCAAAGUUAUAAAAGCAAAAACAGAAAGUUAGAAUAUGGUUUAGUCAGAGACUUUCAAAAUAAAAGCAUAAAAGUUUCAUUGCAGUUAUAAAAUAAAGAUAGAAAUUGACUUAUUAAAAAUAAAAUAAACAAACAAAAAAUAUAUAAAUAAAAUACAAAAUAAUACAUAAAAUACAAUUAAAAAUAGAAUAUAAAUAAAAAUUAUAUAAAUAGAUAAAUAAAAUACAAAUAAAGAAUAAAAAUAAGUAAAAUAGAUAAAAAUAAAUUAAAAAUAAAGUAAGUAAAUAAAAAUAUAUAAAUAAGAUUUCCAAGCAGACUGAAGGGACUUUUUUCCAGAAGAAUUCUUUAUUAAGUCGCUGUAAAAACAGUAUUUGAGUGUUCAUGGUUCUUCGUGCUCCUUCAGCGACGCCACCAUGUGCAGUUCAGAUGUUUGUGUCCAGUCUGUGGACACCUCAGUGAUCGGACUGUUGGAGCUGAGAUCAAACUGCCUACACAGAUAUCCCAUCGAGGCUGAAAUAUUAACAAAUAAUAUUUCUAUAGAUAUGAAAUACUGUAAUCCAGCUCUAUAAAGGCUAACAGUAACAAAUAACCGCCAAUAAAAACUCUACUGAGCAAAAACCCCUUCCUAACAUCAACCAACAAUAAAUAUAAACAUGAAAUUCACAAAAAAGUUCAAAGAUUGAUUUACGAAUAUAGAUAAUACAAACAGAAACAGCAACACACAAUUCCAGCUGGUUAGCAGCCGCCUACAGGCUGUAAAUAAACUCAGUUUGACACAAAAUACAAAACUAAUCCACCUGUCUGUCUGCUGAGGUGAUCCUCCUCGUUAUAUUCUCACAGUAUUUCUCACUAAACAGCCUCUCAUCGUCACAAUAAUCAGUCAGUAAUGAUUAAAACAGUCAUGAACAAACAGCUUUGAGACACCUGAACAAAAACAGAGUCAUCACUCACAUGUUUAUAGAUUUUACUUUUAUUAUGAUGGUUAAACACUUGGAGCUGUUGUCUAAAUUGUUAAAAUGGAUGUUCUAAAUGUUGGUUUACUCGAGGUCAUAAAUUAAAACCGCCGUCAGCUGUGGUGAAAGGGAUGGUGAGGCCCAUUAAUUAUCUCUGCCGACAGCUGUGGAGGUGAAAAAGUACAUUUAUUUGAGCUCCUAUAAAUCCCCGAUGGGUUACACCUCUGCCAGUGUGUUUUAGCAUCGCCAUGGCGCAGAUCAUACAGAUAUCACACAGUGGAGUCCUUUCAACAGGAGUCUGACAGGUUAACUCCACUUAAUCCUCCUGAAUCCUGUAAGAAAACCCACUCAGUAUAUUCAGGGAUGAGUUUAACUUCCACUUUGUGCUCUGAAAAGCACGAUUACCUGCGUGAUCUAACUGCUCAGUAUCGCUCAGGGCCACCUUUUCUUGGCAGAUCUCCCACGCCGUAAAAACUACAACCAUGACACAUUUUUAAACCUGUUGAACUGAUGAAGAUCUGGAUCAAAUAAGAGCACUUCAUAAAACUUAAUAACUUAAUGACUUUAAAGCUUUCCAACAACUGUUAGGAUGGGUGGAGCCGCCAGGAUUUAGAGGGACAUGUAACCGAAUUUACAAAGUCUGAAUCAGCAAAAGACACAAAACAGAUGGAGGGAUUAAAGCAGGAUAAAGACUUUGUUGAGCCCCAUGUGAGGCUUUUAAAUCCUUAAAAAUAUAGAAAUAAAACUAUUAGAGGAGGUGAAGAGAAAGUGAGAUCUGUUUCUUCUGAUGGAUUUGCAGUUCGGUUCGGAUGCCGAGUUAAGUUUUAGGGCCAGCUGCAUUUUCUCAGCCCCAGCCUCCUCAGUUUCAGAGAACUUCUUAUACUGAGCUUCUACAGAACGAUUUUCACAGUCCCAGACUAAAAACUGACAAUCUUCAGUAAAUCUUGGAGUUUCACUGGAGUCACAGCAGAGUCACAGAGCGCUCUCAUCAUCUCGAUCGUUCAGUUUAAGGUGGUAAUCUGCUCUGGUUUAUAUCAGUCUUUUCCUACUCUUUCGUUUGCGAUAAUACCAAACAUGUUUGUCACAGUGACGUAACACAACCAACAACCAACAGAUGAGCUCUAAAAAAGCGGAAAAGGAAACCUGAGAGUCAAAACAAGAAAAACAAGAAUGUUUGAGGAAACACUGGUGAUAAAAAAGGAGCAGACAGUGGAGCUGUGGGCAGAUCAGACUUGUCUAUUCAACUUCAUCUGCAGGGUUUCCCCGACAUGUAACGGCGCACCACCACAGUUAGGCCCAGACUGGCAAUAGGGAGAGGCGGGACUUUUCCCGGUGGCCUGCCUCCUUAUUGGCCUGGCCACACUGGCCGCAAUGGCAGGCCAAUUAAAAAAAAGCUGGUCUGCUGUUUCCAGGCAGACAGGCCAGAGACAGCAGCUCUGCAAAGCAAAGCCCGCGCUCUGAGCGCUGGGGUCAGAGGGGUUCGGAUUCGUCAAAAUGUCGUGAUUGGUCAGUUGCUUUAUGGCCCGCCCCUUCACAGCGUAAACAGGAAAACAAACACAGAGCGCCGAGCCGGGAUGAUGCGAGAGCGAGGCGAGAGUCGGGCCCAAAAAACUCCACAGGUGUCAGGUGGGCUGCAGGAAGCCCUGAAACGUUUGAGACCCUCUUCAGGUAAGAUAGACUGUUGACCCACAGUUUUCAGUUUUACAGUGAAUAUUAGUGUUAGCAGAUACUUUCAGCUACGACCAGCAGACAUCUAAAUGUUCUGCAGACAAAAUAAAACCAACAUUUAGUUUAUUUCCAUAUAUUAUAGAAAUAAAAAGACAAAAGGAAACGUUGGUGAAAUCCCAGUCUGAGACUAAAAACUCUGAACGCUCGUCUUCAGGUGUGAACUGAGAGUUUUUCCAACCAUCUCAAAGUCCUCUGGUGGACAGCUGGCCUUAAAUGUUGACCCUCAGCUCUUCCACUUUCCACACUAGAGAUUCUUGUGUGUUUUCGAAUAUUCGUCAGUCUUCGUGGUUUCUUUCGUUAAGUGAAAUGUUUUAAAGACAACCUAAAAAAAUGAAGUCAUCUGGUCAGAAGCAACAGAUCUGGACCUGGAAACUGCACUUUAAAAAAAUGACUGUGGUGAGUUUGGAUGAGUCAGCAUUACUAACAUCGUUCAGCACAGAUACAUCCAUGUGUUUGACACUCUAUACACAGCAGUAGUCUAAGCUAAACUCUGUCGUCUCUGUGCAAAUAUUGUCACAACGCUAACUCAAUGCAGCAGAUUUGUUUGACUCUUGUUUCAGCAUUUUAUCUCAUCUUUAGUUCACAUGUUUAACGUUCGACACCGAGUGGAAAUGAGAGAAAACACAAACUCUGCAGAAAAGAGGAUCAUUGUGUUUUAUGAGAGAGACUGUGAGACACAUGGGGUUAAAUACAAGAGGUAACGAGGGUGACGGGAAACAGGUGGGGAGACAGGAGACAGGUGUGACAAGACGGGGGCGGGGCAGAGCGGACAGGAACAAGGGUUAGAGAUUUCAAAAUAAAACAGGAAAUGAAAGAUAUGAAACCAAACAUGAAUAAACUGAAAAACAAAGAAGAUGAAUUAUCGUUCUGUUUGAGAGUUUCAGUGAAAGUGGAGUCAGUCUGGAUUUAUUCAUAUGGUUAUUUAUUUGAAACAAGACUUCAUGUUUCAAAAGUCAAACGUCGACAAUAUAAAAGUCAGUGUACAGCAGAAUAAACCAGAGCUGGCAGGAUAAAUGUGGAGAACUCGUCUCUUUAGCAGUAAAACAGCAAACAGGAAAUGCAUCAUGUUUUUUUUUUUUUCAGUUCCUCCUC